AAUAGAACGUGCAAAAAAAUGUAUAAACUGAAGCGAUGUGAGUGUAUCUGAGAUUGUGUGUAAAGCCAACGCAGCUAUUGACGGAUAUUUUCCAAGUUGUUUUGUCUCCUUUCAGGAGAAUUCAUGCUUAAUUCAACAAUGUGGAAGAAACAUCUAGGAGUAACUUUGUCUAGUGUAAUGCAGUACAACAUCCAAAAUGACGCUAUCAAUGCGAAUAGUGAUGAUAACAGAAAUAACAAGGUGGUAGAGGAAACGUUUCUGGACGACAUAAAUUUGGACUGUGAAGUAACCAAAUGGAGUAAUUGGAGCCCAUGCAACGUCACAAAUGGAAUUUGUGGUUGGGGACUGAAAGAGAAAAGGAGAACAAUACUCGUUCACACCAAAAACGACGGAUUUCCAUGCCCGAAGAAACUAGUGAAGCGAAAGAAGUGUCACGUCACUUGUCAAAAAAAGAAAAAGAAGAAGAUUAGGGUGCGAACCGGUUGUGGCAUGUCCGAAUGGUCCUCGUGGAGCAAGUGCAGCCCAGACUGUGAAAACCAAUACCAACACAGAGUUAGACAUGUUCUAGUUUAUCCAGAAGAGCCAGAUAGCACCUGCCAAAAUGAAGUGGAGCAUCGACCAUGUCCCUGUUAUUGAGCAAGAUACUCGUCCGAGUAUCAAUGGAAUAAUUUAGAUAUUUUUCCUUAAAUUAUCGUUGACGCAAGACCUCGUCUUUUUCUGUAACUCCAAAGAAAUGUUUGUCGACCAACUGCUAACAUAUUGAUUGUAGAUUUUCCUUCAAUAGUAAUUUUGAUAGUUCUUGAAAUGGAGGCAUAAGAGUGAAUAAUGGAAAUUUCACUGAGAUCAUAGACGUAUAUGGACUACUUGGUCCAUGGUUUUAGUAUCCUGCUCGAGACACUCAAAUUGAACUCUGUUACAAUCUUUUUAUGAUAUUUUUUAGUAUGUAGUUUUGUAUAUCUAGUAACAUAUCAGUGUUUAAUUUAACCUACUACAGGUAUGAAAUCAUUGUUAAUAUUUUGUAGAAAUAAGACAAUAAUAAAAUGUACAGAGUAAGGUAGAGAA